GGAGGAGUCAAGAGACGACCUCGCCGUCUUCAGAUCAGCUUCCUCGCGAGAGUCUAGAAGAUAUAAAAGCCGGUGGGGAACAGGCGAAGGCUUGGAGCUGGGGAAUCGUCGCUGAAGCAUCUAGGGUGGUUGUAGUUUGCUUUUAGUUCCUGCCAGAAUGUCGUCAGGAGAUGCUCAUAUUGGUAAACCAGCCCCUGAUUUCCAGGCCACAGCUGUGAUGCCUGAUGGGCAAUUCAAAGAGAUCAAGCUCUCAGGCUACAAAGGCAAAUAUGUUGUGCUGUUCUUCUAUCCACUUGACUUCACCUUUGUUUGUCCAACUGAGAUUAUUGCAUUCAGUGACAGAUCUGAGGAAUUUCGGAAGAUCAACUGUGAAGUAAUUGGAGCUUCUGUUGAUUCCCACUUCUGCCACCUUGCCUGGAUCAACACUCCUAAGAAGCAAGGUGGUCUGGGUAACAUGCGCAUUCCCUUGUUAUCUGACACAAAGCGUGAGAUUGCUAAGAUGUAUGGAAUACUAAAAGAAGAUGAAGGCAUUUCUUACAGGGGUCUCUUUAUCAUUGAUGAUAAAGGAACUUUACGCCAGAUCACAAUUAAUGAUCUCCCAGUUGGCCGUUCAGUUGAUGAAACACUCCGGCUAGUUCAGGCUUUUCAGUUUACAGACAAACAUGGAGAAGUGUGCCCUGCUGGCUGGAAACCUGGGAGUGACACAAUCAAGCCUGAUGUUCAGAAGAGUAAAGAGUACUUCUCCAAGCAGAAAUAAACAUGCUUUAAUUUAGUAUUUUGUACCGGGAAGCUAUGCUAUAAUUUGUAUAAAAGCAAAAGCAUAACCCUGCCUUAUUUAAAGUGUGACCCUAUUGUGUGAGCUAAAAGCUUUACAGAUACACUUCAUAAGUCAUUUAUUUCAGAUUAGUCUAACUGACAAGUACCAUAACGCUGGAGUAAAUGGGUUAUGAAGUGAAAUGAAUCGACCGCAGCUGUAUUUGGGAAGUUAUAUUUCCUUAUUUAUCUGUACUAGAAUAGAAAAUGUUUCUUGUGCUCACAUGAAUAACUGAAGACCAGGUGGUUUUUCUAUUAUUUUGUAUUGUCAUUAAACUUGUGGGGAAAAUA